AUGGUGUCGCCAAGGUAUUGCUUAAGCCUGUUUGUGGCGUUGCAUAUCACUCUCUCUGAUGCCGGUCCCGUGGGCCCAUUGCCAAAUGUGACGAGUGUGGAUUUGGGACUGAAAGAGGGCAGCUGUGCCUUAGGCGAUGUGGUGUACUUACCCGGAGACGAGUUCCCGGGUACAAACCCUUGUGAACGCUGUGCGUGCACUGGAGGGGAAGUGCGUUGCGAGAAGCAGCGCUGUGAACCGCGCCCUGGCUGCAAAGCCGUUCAUCGACCCGACCACUGUUGCCCCACCUACCAGUGCGAGUGUGAACAAGAAGGGCGCGUGUAUGGUAACGGCGAAAAGCUCGUUGACCCGCAGGACCCAUGCCGCGUGUGUUACUGCCAGGGCGGAGAGGUGGUUUGUCGCCGGAUCGCUUGUUUCGUUCGGGACGAUUGCCAGCCGCGUCUCGUUCACGGCCGAUGCUGCCCAGAAUACGACAAUUGCCCUCUCAGAGGUGUGACAUCAGUACACGGAGUUUCGACCUCCGUACCGCCCAAAGUUAACACGAGUGCGGUGCUCCCUCCUCCCGGACCUAUCAAGCCAGGCUUCACAAUCAAGGAGAUCACCCCGGUCUCGGAAAUUCCUGUUACGGACGUGAAAGUAAAAGAGAUAUUACCUUCACCGAAUAUGGAUGUCGAUGAAUAUUCUUCCUCCAAAUCUCCAUUGAUUCCACGUGAAGCGACUUCCGAGACAAGCACAAUUGUCGAUGCAAACGUUAAGGCAAAACCCGUAAACAUUGAAAAGUCCGAACAAAAGUCUUCACGUGAAGAGAAUAUACCUAAUAAUGGCAACGCUGACUCGACGCCAUCUAAAAUAAGCUUCUCCACACAAGAUUCAAUUAACAGUGAAAUAUAUCCUUCAAAUAUUCCCUCCUUAAUACUGAUGGGACCUCCCUCUGAAUCCAUUUCUUUAAACUCUAUGUCCACAAAGAGUCCCGUUCUUGAAGAAGAAGAUUCUUCGUUAUUUGAUCACAACCCCGCAUUUCCACCAAUACCUGACGAUCUUUCUGUGCCUGGUAAUCACGAAGAUGAAAUUCUUCCGGAACAACAUUUUGACAACGAUCAAAUAUCUGGUAUUAGUGAUAUAAUGGUAACAAAUGACAGAAUAAUAACAGAUGCUCCUAUUGUUAGAGAAUCAACGACAAAUAUCUUGUAUACGACUAAGGGACUCACUGUUACCACUGAUAAUUUAAUAGGUACAGAUAUUUCAUCCGAAAAAAAAAUUAACAAAAUCGAACUUUCAAGUACUGAUUCUUCGACUACAAAAGAAAAUCCUAUGAUAAAUCUCAGAUCGGUAUUGCCUACUCAAAUCCUUAAUAUCCCUUCGUUUAUUACCGACGAAACCACUGAUGAUAUAGACACCACUACUGAUGACUCUCAACUGCAAUCAUCAUCUGAAAAAGGCGUGGAAAUUGUUAAUGAUGAUGGUCUUGAUCGCCAAAGUAGUAGAAAUGAAACUGAUACAGACUUUCAAACUCCAAAAUCUGAAGAAAGUUUUACCAGUUAUGAAUCUAGUACUGAAAUAUAUAUAGGUAACCAACCGAGCUCUAUAUUAAUCGAAUCGAGCGAUCAAAACCCUCAUGAUGUGUCUGAUAACAUUUCGGAUAAUACCUUGGCCUCGUCGACGGUAGGCGCAUUGAACGUGGAAACAGAAUCUGAUAUGACAAGUUUAUCUAGAUUGGAACCUGAUAAAGAAACUUCAUUUGAAAAUAUUGAAACAACAGAAUUUAUGUUUACAUCUUUCGGUUCUCAUGAGAGCGCGACUGAGGAGGUAGAGCUAAUGAAAAUGUCGACUGACACAGAAAAGAGCUCCGCGCUCAUUAAACCAUCUCAAGAAAGAAACAUUAACGUGCUAACAGACUUAAUCAAUUUAGUGGGUGAUGUGGCAUCCAUUAGUGACCAUACUGAUAAUCCCACAAAGUCAGUGGGUGGCUCGACAACAAUUUCAGAUUCCGAAGAACUGAUUCCAGUUAACCUUGGCUAUAAGAGUAAAAACAACAAUUGGAAUUUGAAUUCCAUUACUGAAAUUCCACAUAAAAGCAAAAAUAUGCAGACUUCUAAGACGAAAAACGUGGAAAUCGAAGACGAUGACGAAAUUGAAAAUAUUACCGAUUCUCCGCCACCGAACGAUAAAAUUGAACCUACAACUAGACGACCCGUCAUAGAUGACGUGUCUGAUGGUAAACAACAAAACAUUAGCGGCUCCGUGGAGAAUAAAGAUAUUGAAAUUAUUACUCGGGCGUACGUGCCGACUGUUAACAAACGUCCUACCAAAGUAAUAUUGGGAAAUUCUAAUGAAGCCCUAUCAGGUUCUCAACUAACAGAGAGCGGAAAAGCAACAUCCGAUACUUCCGAUGAAGAAAAGGACUCAAAGCAUUUAAUCUUGACCUCGAAUUACCGAGAUGUCACCACAACGCAGUCCGUGGAAGAGACCGAUCAGCCUCUCGACGGAAGCCUCGCUCAGUGA